AUGUCUUCAACUGACUCACUAGUCACAACAGAGAUCUCAUCAAUGCUCUCCAAAAACGACCUUCUUCAUUGGCUGAAUAAUUUUCUCAAACUGAAUAUUGCAAAAGUGGAGCAUCUUGCAUCGGGCGCUGCAUAUUGCCAAAUUAUCGAAGCGAUUUAUCCAGGACAAGUCCAAAUGCAUAAAGUUAAUUGGCAAGCUAAGCACGAGUAUGAGUAUAUUAAUAAUUUCAAAGUUUUGCAGCAAGCUUUUGUUAAGUGCAAUAUAUCGCGACAAAUUAUUUUUCUCUUUAUUAUUUAUAUAUGGUGAUUAUAGGUAGUUUUGAUUGGCUCAAAGAAAUAUGAUAUAUAUCAUAUAAAGCAAUAAUUUGCAAUAGUCCUGCGGCUUAAAAAAAAUAAUUUCUAAUAGAAUUAAAUUAUUUAUUUGGCGAUAUUGUGGCUUAAUUUUAAUAUAGAUAGUAUAUACAAAAAUAUAUUGAAGUAGAAAAACUUAUAAAAGGAAAGUUUCAAGACAACCUUGAAAUGCUGCAAUGAAUUAAAAAAUUUUUUGAUUUGCAUUAUAAUGGAUCUAGCUAUGAACCAGCUCCCAGGAGAAGACCGGUUUCCAGGCAAAGCACUCCAGACAUAAAGCGGCCAGUAAAAAAAAUCUUAGGGGAGCACAAUAUACCAGCUUCACCUAUUGAGCCGGUUAAGGCAAAAAUAGAUACAGAUGAAAUGAAAAUGACGAUACACACUUUAGAAAAAGAAAGGGACUAUUAUUUCGGUAAGCUCAGAGAUAUUGAAAAUCUUGUGCAGAAAUAUGAAGACCAAGAAAAUCCAGUUAUAUUAUCAAUACAAAAAAUUUUAUAUGCAGUAGGAGAUGAUGCAAUGGAGAUUGAUCACAUCUAA